AUGGCCUCUCUGCGCCGCUCCACGACGGCCGCCUCCCCGUCCGCCGACAGCCAGCUCACCCAGCGACGAUGGGUGACGCCCGCACCGAAACCCGGCGACGGGCCUCUCAUGUCCCGCCGGGCAGACCGCGAGCUCCCUGCAAUCAGCCAGGUCCGCUUCCGCUGGGGCCGCACGCUGCCCGUCUUCCUCGCCGUCGUGGCCGCCUGCUCCGUCUCCAUCUUCAACUACCAAAGGACGUCGUCGCCCAUCGUGUCGUCGACGCUGUACGCCCUGCGCACCAACGCCCGCGCGCGCGCCAUCCUCGGCGACGACAUCUACUUCAGGCACCAGAUCCCCUGGGUCGGCGGCCGGAUGAACCAGAUGCAGGGCCGCAUCGACAUCCGCUUCGCCGUCAAGGGGACCCGGGGCUGGGCCACGAUGCGCUUCUCCAGCAACCGCCCGUCGUCGAGGUCGCUGUUUGAAACGACCGAGUGGAGCCUGACCACGCCCGACGGGCAGUGGGUUGACUUGCUGGACGGGGGGGAUCCGUUCCGAGCUCUGCUGGGGGGUGGCGGGCUUGCUGCCGCCGCCGAGGAAGCCGGAGACGGAGACGGAGACGACUUGCACGUCACGAGGGGAUUCCGACAGCAGGGGGCAUCCAACAAGUGA